AUGAAGAAGAAUGCAGGCCUCACCUACACCAAAGGAGGAUCCUCCCCCUCACUCAGCUCAGCCAUAAAAGCCAGCAGUGUGUGCAGUCAGACACUCAGAGGGAUUUGGCUCUCCUUUGAAACCUGCACAUCUUCAGCUCUCCUCCGCUCAGGCUUAACAACCUAUACAACAGCAACCAUGAUUAGGAAGGCACAGUCAGUCUCAAGCUACAGCACCAGGAGGUCCUUCGCUGGACCAAGCAGCAGCACCACUGUAACAAGAACCAGCUUUGGUGGCUAUGGCGGUGGCUAUGGCGGUGCCUUUGGUAGCGCCAGUGCUAGCAGUGGUGGUGCCUUUGGUUUUGGUGCAUCUUCCAUCAGUGGUGGCUCUGCUGCUUACGGCAUGUCUUCUGGCCAGUCAGUCGGCCAGUUCAUUGCACCGAUCACAGCUGUCCAGGUCAACAAGAGCCUCCUGGCCCCUCUGAACCUGGAAAUUGACCCCACCAUCCAGGCCGUCCGCACCCAGGAGAAGGAGCAGAUCAAGACCCUGAACAACCGCUUCGCCUCCUUCAUCGACAAGGUCCGUUUCCUGGAGCAGCAGAACAAGAUGCUGGAGACCAAAUGGAGCCUCCUGCAGGACCAGACCACCACCCGCUCCAACAUCGAGGGCAUGUUUGAGGCCUACAUUGCCAACCUGCGCAGACAGCUUGACGGGCUGGGCAAUGAGAAGGUCAAGCUGGAGGGAGAGCUGAGGAACAUGCAGGGCCUGGUUGAGGACUUCAAGAAGAAGUAUGAAGAUGAAAUCAACAAGCGUGCAGCUGCAGAGAACGAAUUUGUGCUCCUGAAGAAGGACGUCGAUGCUGCCUACAUGCACAAGGUGGAGCUGGAAGCCAGGGCUGAUGCUCUUCAGGAUGAGAUCAACUUCCUCAGGGCCGUCUAUGAGGCUGAGCUUCGUGAGCUGCAGGGCCAGAUCAAGGACACCUCUGUCAUUGUGGAGAUGGACAACAGCCGUAACCUGGACAUGGAUGCUAUUGUGGCUGAAGUGCGUGCUCAGUACGAGGACAUCGCCAACCGCAGCAAGGCUGAAGCAGAGACCUGGUACAAACAGAAGUACGAGGAGAUGCAGACCACUGCAGGACAGUAUGGUGACGACCUGCGCUCAACCAAGGCUGAGAUUUCCGAGCUGAACCGCAUGAUCGCACGUCUUCAGAAUGAGAUUGAGGCUGUCAAGGCACAGAGGGUCAGCCUUGAGGCUCAGAUCGCAGAGGCUGAGGAGCGCGGUGAGUUGGCAGUGAAGGAUGCCAAGCUCCGCAUCAAGGACCUGGAGGAGGCCCUGCAGAGAGCCAAGCAGGACAUGGCCCGCCAGGUGCGUGAAUACCAGGAGCUGAUGAACGUCAAGCUGGCCCUGGACAUCGAAAUCGCCACCUACAGGAAACUGCUGGAAGGAGAGGAGACCAGACUGGCCAGCGGAGGUUCCAAUGCAACAAUCCAUGUGCAGCAGAGCAUUGGAGGUGGUGGAGUGUCCAGUAGCAGCGGUGGAUUCAGCAGUGGAUACGGUGGCACCAUUGGCUACGGUGGAAGCACUGGCUUCAGUACAGGCAGCAACUAUGGUGGUGGUGUAACUGUCUCCAAGUCAACAAUGGUCAGUUCCAGAAGAGUCAUUUAAAAAGGAGAGCUGUCCCUCUUCCCCUUCAGAAACUCAUGAUUUUGAUCUAAAUCUGUACCCUGUCAUGGUGCUAUGCAAUACUGUCAAGCAUGUUCAACAAGAGAGCUGAAUUUCUGACUUUCUGAAGGUAAAUGUGGCCUUAAAAACAAAAGGAUAAGAUCAGUUAGCAAGGCAAAGUUUGUUUUUUUUCUGCACUGACAUCCAAGAAAUAAUGUGUGGAAUGUUAAAACUAAGCAAGGAAAGCAUUUGAAAAUCUGUACUGUGUCUUGACAGCUUUGAUACUUUUUGUAGUGUAGUUCACUGAUAAACAGCUCUGAAAUGAGAUCCUGUUGGUGGGCAGGAUGCUUUCAGCUGAUGUCUUUAUUCCUACACUUGACUGUUGAUAAAUGUAAGGGAAGCAAGUCACUGGCCAAGUCUGAUCACUGAGUGAUCAAAAUUAGCAAAUCUAAUUUACAAAUUUGAAAUGACUCUACAUGUCUACAGUUCAACUUUGAACUGAUUGGCUACUGGCUUGCUCUUUUUACUGUUCUGCCAAAUGAUCCCUGCUUAGUUUUGCCUUUCCUCACCAUCAAGAUGUGAAACCAGAUUUAUUUUGUAAAGGCCUUCUUAGCAACAUGAGUGAUGGAUGUUGCAGCAAAUCAUAUCAAAUACAUCUGAAUAAAAUAAAUCUGAGACCUUAAAA